CUCUGUGAAUUCGAGUUCGAGAGUUGAGCAAGUUCAAGGCUUGGUAGAAAAGGGCACGGACCAGAGAGAGUCGCAGAAGAAGACGAACAGAGUCGAGAAGAGAGAGAGAGAGAGAGAGAGAGAGAGAGAAGAUGAAGAAGGCGCAGAUGGAGUUACCAGCGGGGUUCAGGUUCCACCCCACGGACGAAGAGCUGGUGAGCGAUUACUUGAUUCGCAAGUGCGCUUCGCUGCCCAUCUCCGCCCCCAUCAUUGCCGAGAUCGAUCUCUACAAGUUCGACCCUUGGGACCUUCCUGAAAUGGCUCUGUAUGGUGAAAAAGAAUGGUACUUCUUUUCUCCGAGGGACCGCAAGUACCCCAACGGGUCACGGCCGAACCGGGCAGCCGGAACUGGGUAUUGGAAGGCGACUGGAGCCGAUAAGCCGAUUGGCCGCCCAAAGACGCUUGAUAAAAAGGCCCUUGUGUUUUACGCCGGGAAAGCUCCGAAAGGAGUGAAGACGAAUUGGAUCAUGCACGAGUACCGCCUCGCCAACGUCGAUCGAUCUGCCGGCAAGAAGAACAACUCGAGGCUUGAUGACGGGGUUCUAUGCCGGAUAUACAACAAGAAGGGCACCAUAGAGAAGCAUUUCCCCUCCGCGCACGAUAAACCGGCAGAGUUCCCGGAAAUGGAGACCAAGCCGCAGAUUGUCAUGCCGGCGGCGAUGAACCCUUACAACACACCUCCGCAAUAUGGGUCGCUAAUGACUAUGGAUCACACGUACAUGGACUCGUCGGAGUCGAUGCCGAGGCUGCACACGGAUUCUAGCUGCUGCUCGGAGCACGUGGUGUCCCCGGAUUCGGCGUGCGAGAAGGAAGUUCAGAGCGAGGUGAAGUUGGAAGGUUGGGAGAAGGCCCUCGAUUUCCAGUUCGAAUCGAUGGAUGACUUCUUGGACGAGGCGUUCGCGCAAGGACAGUAUCAGUUGGAUCUGUUCUCGCCUCUUCAGGACGCGUCCACGUACUUGCAGAAGCCAUUUUGAGCAAGUCCGUUGAGAAAACAGAAGUGGAGUUCUCGAUGAAAUUGCGUGAUCCACCAGCGUGGUGAUGAAUCAAAGACAAUCUCUGUCUUGGACAAAUUGCUCAUGUGGGGGCUACAGACUUGAGAGUCAGUCCUGGGAUUUUGCUGGAGAGAGAAGCAAGUGUUGAGGUGCAUCCAGUAGCCACCGGAGAAAAAAAUUUGUAGUGCUUGGCAUCAUGUCACCUCUUGUUGUUCUUGUAAAUACCUGAUGAAAAUAUCCAGGGAAAUUGUUUCCUGUAAGAUUGUAACAACAUUGUUUCGAAAUUUCAUUUAGAGAAAGAUUACUAAAAUUUUCAUCAUUGUCUUUUAAUUCUAUUGAAAGUAGUUCCGAAA